CAGUUAACUUCAGUGUCAUAGGUCGAACACAUGUUAUAUCAUUACGAAACACUGCGGUUAAUAUUAUUGUAAAAAGUAAUUUAAAAAAUUACCAAGAUAAAUAAAUAUCUGAUGAUUUGUUAAAUACAGCAUGUCAGACGAUUAUCUACGAUUAGCUGUUCAUUAUUCAGCGUGUAACGAAUUUUUUUUCAAAACUCAAGAUUUAUCCUGUCUCAAGAGCAUUUGGACAGUGUACACAAUAUUACGUUGAAUUACAAAAGUGUAUAAGACGUCAGAGAAGACUUCAGCAAGAAGCUAACCGCAAGAUUUCUGAAGAAAAACGUGAAAGAUUAAAACGUCUUAUCGCAGAAGCUAAAGCCAAAGAAAAUAAAGCAUAAAAAAUUCCAACAAUUAAUAAUUAAUAAUUCAAUUUAAUAAUUAAUAAUUACUAAAAAUGGACGACGACAAGCAAGACAUGGAAGUAGAAGAAGAUAAAGUAGAAAAAGAAGAAGAAGAAGAAGAAGAAAUAGAUUCCGGUGAUGAUGGCUUUGACUUUCCACCAGACGACAGUGUCGUCAACAUGUUGGACGAAGUGGACUUAUCUGAAGAAUUACCAUGUGUCACGGACAGAUACUUUACCCCGUACUACAAAAUAGACGCCCAAAAGCCAAACAAUGACAUCUGCAUCAGAAUACACAGCAACCGCAUCUGCAUGCUGUCCUUAGCUCCAAGUCACCCGGUCUUGUCGAAAGACAGCGGGAUUGAGAAGAUCAAUUUCAAAGUGACUGAAAAGUUGGACCGAGCGACGAACAAAGUUUCGGGAAAAGCCAAGCAUGGCGCGCAGCCUCUGCAGGAAAAUUCUAAUAUUUGCUUCAUUACUCUGGCUAAUGGGGAGACCUGGCCCAUCAAGUGCUGCAUGAUUGGUAAGUUGGUGGAGAUCAAUGAGGCCUUGAUUGACAAUCCUGAGUUGAUCAGGAAGCCGCCUCAUCAGGGUGGGUAUCUUGCUAUUGUCUUGCCGAAUAUUAAAGCUCAUGAAAGUAUGAAGGAUAAGCUGCUGGAUGAAGAGAGUUAUAAGAAAGCUAUUGCUCAGAGAGAAUUUAAUUGCAAUUCUGAUAAAAAUGAAUUAAAUUCUGAUAAGAAGGAAUUAAAUUCUGAAAUAAAAGAUGAAUUAAAUUUUGAAAAUAAAAAUGAAUUAAAUUCUGAUAAGAAGGAAUUAAAUUCUAAAAAU